AUGAUGGAUCAUACGCCACCCGAGGAAAACGACGGCGGCUCAGUUAAGAGGUUGCCGCCGUGGAACAAGCACAUCACGAUUCGAGGAUUGGUGGCUAGCUUAUUGAUCGGAAUCAUAACAUGGACGAAGCUCGUUCACAAAGCUGGAUUCGUAACGACGCCGUUCACCAGACAAGAGAAUACAAUCAUUCAAACAUGUGCUGUUGCUUGCUACAGCAUUGCUGUUGGAGGUGGAUUUGGAUCGUAUUUGUUGGGAUUGAACAAGAAGACAUACGAACAAGCUGGAAUCGACACGGAAGGGAAUUCACCUGGGAGUUUUAAAGAACCUGGAAUCGGUUGGAUGACUGGUUUUUUGUUUGUUAGUAGCUUCGUUGGGCUUUUGGCUUUGGUUCCUCUUAGAAAGAUUAUGAUCAUAGACUAUAAGUUAACUUACCCCAGUGGGACAGCUACAGCGGUGCUCAUCAAUGGCUUCCACACUCCCAAAGGCGACAAAAUGGCCAGGAAACAAGUUGUGGGGUUCACAAAAUUUUUCGGUGGAAGUUUCUUGUGGGCUUUUUUCCAGUGGUUUUAUUCGGGUUCGGGCACUUGUGGCUUCACAUAUUUCCCCACGUUUGGGCUAAAAGCUUAUGCGAACUCGUUUUAUUUUGAUUUUAGUAUGACUUAUAUAGGAGCAGGGAUGAUAUGUUCACAUCUAGUGAACUUGUCCUUGCUUGCAGGUGCUGUACUAUCCUACGGUAUAAUGUGGCCGCUCAUAGGUGAUCGCAAAGGCGAUUGGUUUCCUUCUAGUUUACCUCAAAGCAGCAUGAAGAGUUUAAAUGGCUACAAGGUUUUCAUUGCGAUUGCCCUUAUCCUAGGCGACGGUCUAUACAAUUUUCUCAAGAUAACCUUUUUCACUGCCAGAAACAUAUAUACCUCCUCAAAAAAGAAAUCCAAAAACAAUUCGGACGAAAAUAGCCAACGCCAAGAUACCCUCCAUCAAAACGAGCUCAAAUGGUACUUCGUUCUGGUCGCUUACAUCAUCGCACCAUCCCUAGGCUUCUGCAACGCAUACGGAGCGGGCCUAACCGACAUGAACAUGGCAUACAAUUAUGGAAAAGUUGCCCUUUUUGUCCUCGCAGCAAUGUCUGGAAAAAACAACGGUGUAAUCGCAGGACUUGUCGGAUGCGGUUUAAUAAAAUCAAUCGUAUCGAUUUCGUCUGAUUUAAUGCAUGAUUUCAAAACCGCACAUUUAACCCUAACUUCACCUCGGUCAAUGCUGGUCAGCCAAGCAAUCGGGACUGCAAUUGGAUGCGUAGUGGCUCCGUUAACGUUUUUCCUUUUUUAUAAAGCGUUUGAUGUCGGGAACCCGGAUGGUGAAUAUAAAGCUCCUUAUGCUAUUAUUUACCGAAACAUGGCGAUUUUAGGUGUCGAAGGGUUCUCUGCAUUGCCACGUCAUUGUUUACAGUUGUGUUACGGGUUUUUCGCGUUUGCCAUGCUGGCAGAUAUUGUACGUGACACGUGGCAGAAGAUCGGGAAGUGGGUCCCGUUACCGAUGGCUAUGGCUGUUCCGUUUCUUGUUGGGGCUUAUUUUGCUAUUGAUAUGUGUGUUGGGAGUUUGGUUGUGUUUGUGUGGAGGAAGUUUAAGAAGGAAAAGGCGGAUUUGAUGGUUCCUGCUGUGGCUUCGGGUUUGAUUUGUGGUGAUGGGUUGUGGAUUCUUCCUUCAUCGGUUCUUGCUUUGGCUGGGGUUAGACCUCCGAUUUGUAUGAACUUUUUGCCUACAUAG